AUGACAACAAGUGAGCAACAACAUAGAACUAAAAGGAUUGCUUUGGUAACAGGAUGUUCAUCGGGCAUUGGCAAAGAGUUGGCAAGGGCAUUGAAUGCUCAAUCAGAUAUUAGAGUUUACGCCACAGCCAGAAGGUUACAAUCAAUCAGGGAUCUGGAGAAUGAGGGUAUGGUCAUUCUAGAGUUGGAUGUGACCGAUGCCAAAUCAAUCAAAAACUGUAUAUCGACGAUCAAGUCAAACGAAGGAAGAAUAGAUAUAUUGGUCAACAAUGCUGGAAUCACUCACUACUCGCCAGCCAUUGAGUUGCCUGACAAGGAUGCACGAGACAUCAUAGAUACCAACUUCUUUGGAUUGAUCAAUGUUACAAAUGAGGCUGCAAAGAUUAUGGUUGAUCAACGCUCUGGACUUGUGGUUCAGAUUGGUAGUGUCUCGGGAUUGGUGUCCAACCCAUUCUCAAGUAUGUAUUGUGCAAGCAAGGCCGCGGUACAUGCAUGGAGUGAUGCACUUCGUAUGGAGUUGGCACCGUUUGGCGUCAAGGUGGUGAUCGUCCAGCCAGGCGCAGUCAAGAGUGAGCUGGCAAACAAUGCCAUACCCGAGAUGAAUCAGCGAUUGGAGAGCACGGGCACGCUAUACGAGCGAAUCAGAGAGUAUAUUGUCAAGCGAUCGACAUAUGCUGUGGACCGUGGCAUGCCAGCAAAGGACUUUGCCGAGCGCACCAUUAACGCGGUGCUGCGCGCCAACCCACCCGCACACUACGUCACUGCUCCACUCUCCAUGCAGAUGCGCAUACUCUACCAUCUGCCGGCCUCGAUCACCGACUACAUCCUCUCCUACGUUGCUGGACUUCACAAACUUGCCGAGAUGGUACGUCGUGAAUCAAAUGAACAGAAAUGA